AUGAAUCGAUACCUGACGCUCAGUCAACUGGGGGAUGGUACGUACGGUACCGUUGUCCUUGGCCAACGGAAGGACACCGGUGAAAAGGUCGCCAUCAAGCGAAUGAAGCGGAAAUAUUAUUCUUGGGAGGAGGCCAUGAGCCUUCGGGAGGUGAAGUCGCUAAAAAAACUUUCCCACGCCAAUGUGGUCAAAUUGAAGGAGGUGAUUCGGGAGAAUGAUGUGCUGUACUUUGUGUUUGAGUACAUGCAAGAGAAUCUCUACCAGCUGAUAAAGGAUCGCGACUCGCACUUUCCAGAGGCCACAAUAAGACUGAUACUUCAGCAGAUUUUGACCGGCUUGGCGUUUAUGCAUCGGCAUGGGUUCUUCCACCGUGACUUGAAACCAGAGAACGUGCUUUGCAGCGGACCGGAAACGGUAAAAAUAGCCGACUUUGGACUCGCCAGAGAGAUACGUUCUCGACCGCCGUAUACGGAUUACGUUUCCACAAGAUGGUAUCGUGCACCAGAAGUUCUUUUACAUUCAACGCGUUACGGCAGCUCAAUCGAUCUUUGGGCGGUUGGAUGCAUUAUGGCAGAAUUGUACACAUUUCGUCCAUUAUUUCCUGGUUCCAGCGAGGUGGACCAACUAUUUAAGAUAUGCUCCGUGCUAGGGACACCGGAUAAGUCUGAUUGGGUUGAAGGACACAAGCUUGCAUCGACGAUACAAUUUCGGUUUCCGGAAUGUCCAAAGAUUCCACUUGCAACUUUGGUGACCCGAGCCAGUGCGGCUGGUAUACAACUACUUGAGGAUCUGCUCCGGUGGGAACCGGAGAAGCGACCAACUGCGCAGCAAUCGUUGAAGUACCCGUACUUUAGCUCAGUUAAGACGCGCAAUUCGGCAAAUCUUUUGACAAAUGGGCUAUCGCAUCACAAUCACUUAGUCAAUGGCAACGCGAACGGUGGAUCGGUGGCUGCCGUUCCGAAUGCUCGACUGUCAAUAAUGGACAUGGCCACCAACCCGAAGCACAUGGGCGAUGAGAACGUCAGCAACGGCAAUUACAAAACGGUUAGCAACAGUGAACUGAAUGAUUUAAACUCGAUUUUGAGCUUAUCGCGGUUGUCAGAGACGACCGUGGACAGGACGUCUGAGCAGACGCAACCGGCACAGGCUGCCGGUAAGCCGGUAUUGUACAAUGAAGAAGGGAAGGAUACUGGAAAGUUCCAAAGUGGUAUAAACUACAGUCUGCUGAACGAGAUGCUCAAUGGAUAUAGUGUAGGAAUUGCCCCCGUUGGAAUUACGCAAACCAACGGCCAAGGACCAACAAGGAUGGUCCGUAACGGGCCAUUGGGGACGUUCAGCAAAGCUCACAAUUCCUAUGACUCUAGCAGUGUCGCAGUAGACGGAAACAAGAUGGCGAAUGAUAAGGGUACUGAGUCAGUCGUCAGCUAUGCCAUCAUCAAACCCGCCGUGGUACGAAUCGAGGAGAAUCGAAGGGCCUCAGAUGUUGCGGUAGCAGUAAAGGAUCGGGCCACGGGGCGCAGGGAAAAGGUGAACGAUAUAUUUGUUACGCGCAACGUAACCUACGGACAGGGGAACAUGAAAGGGACGGGCCAGCGCAUGCUGCCUAUCAUAGAUAGUGACGAUUCGAGCUAUUUUGGGAGUGGGUUUUAUCUGCACAAAAAAAGUUCUGGGACUGUGUCGAAAAAUGGCACCGCAGCGGUCAGUAUUGGGGGUGGUAGUGAUGGUGGCGGCACCGGAAUCAUCGCAAGGGGAAGUGGAGAAGGAAGUGGAGUGUUCAAUGCCACUAUUCUUAACGAUAGCAAAGUGUACAACGCGUUUUCCAAACAGCCAAUGCUUAUGACUCGCAGGACGGAUGAAGAUUUGAAGGUCUACCGUAACCGAAACGGUACGGUUGACCGAGGGAUCCAUGGACAUUUCAGCAAGAGCUGGGAACCCACCCGCCACACCGGGAUAAACCAUGAAGACGAUACGUUGGAGGACAUUCUUGGAAGCCGAAUUAAAACGGUAAAAAAAAUGUCCAAUGAUUUCAACCUCGAGGAUUUGUUCGGUGAUAUAUCGUUCAGCAAGGAUACAACCACGGCAAAGUACCCAAACACCGUUCCAUUUGCGAAAAGCUCGACAAAGGCAGUAGGAGCCGGAGGAACGAUGGCAGACAUUUUCGACAAUUCCGAUGCAAAACCCUCCCAUUCAAGCGCUAAUGUGAUGCCCCGACGUAAGAAUCAGCAGCAAGUGUUCGUGUCGAGUAACAGCAACCUGAGUAGUGACAAAUUUGGCGGUAUCAAUGCGUCGUUUAAAUUGUUUCCGUGGGACGACAUCCCAAAGAAUGGAGUAGAUAACAAGCAAUGGAUUCCAGAUAAUGGCGUGUUGACUUACGUUGGAACCGGCAACGAUCACGCGGGACGAACUGACUGGGCCGCUAAGUACCUGAGCAAAUAA